AUGGAACGGGGAAAUUUGUUCCGGUACCUCACCGAACUUGGGAGCAUCCCCGUUGCCCACGUCUACCACUGGGGUCCUCCUGGAGAUAAACUGCAGCAGCUGGGACCAUUCACGGUUGAAGACUUCAUGGAAAGUGAGAGCAGGGGUGGUAUUCUCAAGAGUCUUUCCAGCAACCAGUCAGAUCCUGCUAACCUGUUGAACAUCAGCGAGCCAGAGCUCGGUCUCGUCUGCAAGCAGGCGGCUGGUGUUGUGCUGCAGCUUUUGGGCCUGGAGUUCCCUGGUAUAACUUCAUCACCAAGAGCACUGUAA